AUGUAAGCAGGGGCGGACUGACCAUUUGGAAACUUGGGCACUGCCCGAGGGCCUGGGGUCAGUAGGGGGCCCCAUGAGAUGCCCCUGGUACCUUUUUCAUAGGCUUUUUUUAUUUUGGGCAAGGACACAGGAGCCCCAUGAUCCCCUAUUGCCCGGGGGCCCCAUGAGUUGUCAGUCCGCCCCUGUAUGUAAGUCUAUGUCACCGGAGACUGCCAUGUGUGAAACUUUAAAAGGCCCAUCAUCAACUGCAGUUAUACAUAUAGGGACCACUGGGGAGUGAAGCAU